AUGCUCCAGCUUAUUGUCACCCCAGAAACAGCUCUUGCUGAUGAGCCAUUAUGCAUCAGAGCAACUGGACUUACCCCUUUCCAGUUGAUAACCUUCACAGCAUCACUGACAGAUGAAAAGGGGAAGCUCUUCCAGUCUCGAGCUUUCUAUAAGGCUGAUGAAGAUGGCAAUGUGGAUCUAGAUCAAGCAGCUGCUCUUGGGGGUGACUAUGUGGGUGUCCAUCCCAUGGGUCUCUUCUGGUCCUUGAAGCCUGUGAAUCCAUUUCGGCGAUUAUUGAAGCAAGAUGUAAUGAACAGCCCCUUUUACAUACAGAUCGACAUCUUUGACUCACUUCUUUUGGAGAAUUCUCCCAAGGUUCACCCAAAGGCUAGCCAGAUGAUAGAACGUUGGUUCUCAGGCCCUGGACUGCAAAGGUUCCCAGUUAGAAAUGGUCGAGUUCGAGGAGCUUUUUUCCUCCCUCCAG